GUUUCAGUUGGCAGGCAGCCACAUCUCGAAUCGAAAUUCAAAAAGCCUGCCGGCCAGCCAACUUUACCAACCGCAGGGAAGUGGAACUGUGGAAUGAGAUGGCGAUCAAUGCGUCUGCCGCGUCAUUCCAGGAGGCAGAAAUAUGCGCUUCUUGUAUCCUCUUCCUUCAGGAGACGCGUCCGCAUGCUACAUACUUUACCUACAUACCGGCAAUAGCACCUGGCACGAUUGUUUCUGUCACUGUCACUGUCUCUGCCUCUGUCUAUGGAUUGCUAUAUCCGUCCGCUCGUUUUCUUGCUUUUCUGUAUGGUUAUUGUUGCGAUCGUUAUACCUUAUACCCACAUACCUUAUCUCGGAAUAGUUUGCCCAUGAAGGCUCGCACUCGUUUCUACUCCUCCGCCUUGUCGGUGGUUCUUUUGUUUCUGAUCUACCUAUUCUGCGGAUCGCUUCGGAUUCGAUAUCGAAAAGUGAUUGGCCAGCUACCGGACCGCAUCGUGAUAUUCGGCGACGAAUCGAGUGCGAUCCCGUCGGCCGCGGAAGUUGGCGCGCACCGUCGGCGCAGCAGCAGUGAACCCCCCACGAUCCCGACGACAUGGGCCUCGAACCUCUGCCAGAGCCUGCACGCCUCGUGCGAUUCGUUCGCGCCGAUAGCGCCCUCCCGCGGCUUCGUCGGCUCCGUCGUCGACAACAUAGUGUUCAACACGACCUCGCCCGACCUGCGCGAUCAGGUGGAUAGGUGGAUCGAGUUCGAGACCGAGGCGCGAAAGAGCGGCCAUGAAGCUGAGCGGUCAAGUCUGUUCGCUCUCUUCUUCGGCACAAACGAUGUCUGGGAGUUUUCGUAUCUGGGCCGUGCAGACGCCAUCAGCGCCGUCGAGGCGAGCUUGGAUUCAAUGUUUGAGCAGAUUGGCAGGGUCGCGAGCCAUUGGGCCGAUCCGAUCCAGGUCCUCGUGCCUACUGCCAUCGACGUAACUAUGCUACCGGCGUGGUCAAAGUACCGGCUGAAGAACGAUACCACCGGAGCGGAGCUACGCAAUGCAAUCUUCGUUGCCCAGAAGUGGAAUGAAGGCCUGAUGAAACGGGCCGCGAGGUGGAAGGCGGGGACGGUGAUGCUCUGGGACGCCGGACAUUGGUUUAUCGAUACGUUGCGGACCGGCCGAUGGCAAGAUGUGCGGCAGCCUUGCCUAGAGGCGCACAGUGGAAUGUGCAAGCACCCCGAGACGUAUCUGAUGUGGGAUGACCUCCAUCUUGGUCCGCGCGCCCACGAGAUCAUGGCGAAGUCGGUCGUGAAGUACCUGUUGGUGUAAUGGUGUUACUGUCGGGAGAGUUUCUGGCGUCUGAAGGCUGUAUUUUUUUGGUAUAUAUAGCCCAAUUGGUUAUAAUGUCUAUGGGUACAGUGUACUAGUAAUCAGUCUACGUGUGAAGUAUAUACAUAACCCAUGAUCACGG